UUCCUUUUAAUUCAUGGCACGGUGUCUGGAUUAAAAAAGCACCACAGAACACCAACGGUGAAUGGUUUUAAGGUUUAGAAAGUGAAUGGAUAGUUAACAUCAAUUUGUCAGAGAUAAAAAAUGACGAUAUACGUGUGAAGGAACACAGGUUCUUGCGAUAAAGCAAGUUUAUUCCCCCUCUGGGUUUAAAAACAGGCAAAAAAAUGUAGAUAUAUUGAUGUAGAGCACACAUAUGGAAUAUAUAAUGAUAUUAUAAUAUAAUAUUUAGGAUAUGCUUCUAUAAAACUUCUUCGCAUAGUUACCUUCCCGGCGCCGUCCCGACUGACAUAUCUUCGGAGCUGUUUGGAUAAUAUUAUUUAUUCAUAUGAUAAUUUUUGUGUGAUUGAAGUGGAGCGUGUGUUCUCAAUUUCAUUUAUAUUGCCAGUUUUGUCUUAAGUUACUUUGAUAUAUUUUGUAAGUAACUUGAAUAUAUAAUGUUGAAAAUACAAAGGUGUUCAAACGCUCAGGUGACAUUACUUUGUGUAAUCAUCAUACAGUUCAGUCUGGUGUCAAGUUAUUAUGUGACGGACAAUCUGACAAGAGGUCAAAGGUUGAGACCGGAGCAGUAUCAGUCGACGGCGAAGGAGAGAAGGUACUUGCUGAAAAGACAGAGAAAGAUGCAGAGAUGGGGAUACGAUAUUGAUGGUUUUCUUGAGCAGUAUGGUUACCUAGCAACAAUGCCUGAAGAGUUGUUGAAGCGGAAAGUACAAGUCCAUAGCAAAGCUGAACGAAAAGAAGCAAUUAGACAGUUUCAAGAGUUCUUUGGUAUAAAACAGACAGGAAAACUUAAUAAGAAGACAGUUAAGAUCAUGAAGGAACCUCGUUGUGGAAUACCAGAUGUACGUGUUGAUGACCCAUUCUCUACAAUCAGGCAAUUCCAUUUUUACAAAUAUUAUCCUCGAUGGCGACGGUCGGUACUAACAUGGCGAGCAACAAAAUACACGAAGAAGAUCUCACCAUUAGGACUUUGGAAAACACUCAAGAAAGCGUUUGAAACUUGGUCCGCUAUAUCAGGACUAAGGUUUUUAUACUCCCGACAGAAACCAGAUAUUCAAAUCGAUUUUGAACGGGGAAACCAUGGUGAUGGAAGUAAAAUUUCGUUCGACGAUAAAGGAGGCGUUGCUGCACAUGCCUUUGGACCAGGAACAUAUACAAUAUCUGGUAAUAUUCACUUGGAUGAUGGUGAACCAUGGACACAAAGUGUAGACCCUAAAGACGGAAUUAACUUACUGGCUGUUGCUAUUCACGAAAUAGGACAUUCGCUAGGUCUACAACACUCAAGUGACCCUCGGUCUGUAAUGUACCCAGCAUUUGUUUCUACGAAUUUAGACCUCAGUAUUGAAGAUAUUGAAAAUGCUCAAAUUCUUUACGGUCCAAAUCCGGAUACUUUGUUCGAACCAUACUUAAACGCUGAACCUACGACUGCCGCUCCGAAAAUCUGCAAACUGCCCAUGGACGAUAUGGAACUAGGUCCAGACGGCUACACAUACAUCUUCCGAAAUUCUCAUGUUCUGCAAAUAGAUCAACGAGGAAAACUUGUACGCUCACAAGACAAGGUCAAGAUCUCGGAAGUGUAUGAGAAUGGCCCGCCAAAAGUAGAUGCAGUAGCAUAUUUAUCACAACGAAAGAAAACAUAUAUGUUUUACAAUAACACACUGUGGCGGUAUACCAAUUUCCAAUUAGAUUAUGGAUACCCUUUGAACAUUUCUGGUAUGCCAGAAACACCGAAAUGUGGAGCAUUUGUUAGAGAUCAGUAUGGCAUAACCAGAUUGUUGCUGUUUGGCGAAGAUGAAUUCUGGGAAUGGAGCACUGGUCGUAAUAAAGUCAUGAAGGGUUAUCCAUUGUCUACAAGCCAGUAUUUUGAAGGGCUCCCUAAAAAUCCUUCAGGGGCUAUUAAGCGGGGAGAUGGUUACAUUUACUUUUUCAAAAGAGAUAAGUUUUAUAAAGUUCACCCAGGGUCUUAUAAUGUUUUAAACGGAUAUCCGAAACCACUGCCACCAGACUGGAUGUCCGAUAUAUGUUGAGAGUUCUAGGGGGACAGAUAUGUGAUUAAUAUUGAAUCGUUGCUUAUACAAAGAACUGUCAGUUGUGGUAAAUUGUAAAGUGUUUUUAGAGAAAGUUUCUAAAAUGAUUGAAAAAGUCUCUGAAUGUAACAGUAAGAUGACACUUAAGAACAGACAGACCGUAUAAAAGAUGCAUAACAUAACACUUAAGAAAAAGGCAAAUCACAUACAAAAACAGUGCUUUUUCAUCAGUUUAUUAUUAUUAGAAGUUUUUGUUUUAAGUCUGAAUAAUGUUGUGUCCGAUAAAAACAAACAAACUGUUCAAUUUUCAGUGAUCUUUAAUUUUGCAACAGUGCUGACUUGCGUGUUACAGGUAAAUACCUAUUAAAAAAUGAUUAUUUAAUAACAAAACAAGACAAAAACAACAACAAAACAUUGGGAUUGGAAUCACAUUUGGAAGAUAAGACACUAACACACAGUUUUGUUUUUUGUGAUGAAUGUCCACGGUCAAACGUUGUUUCUGAGAGAGACAAUACUACAAUGUACGAGUGCAUUUAUUCAUUUGAGAAACUGCAUAUUUUUGUUUCACUUACAGUAUUGGAAAAACCCAUGAUAUUCAAUAAUUAGAAGCCAGUUCUUCUUUAUACAAAAUGAUUUUCGAUGAUCAGAAUAACCUAUGUUGUUGUAUUCCGAUGUUUUAUAUAUAUUCUUUUUUACAAGUUUAUACUCUCUUUCUUAUAUGUUUAGUCUGACAAUAAAUAAACUUGUAUACAUAGAUUGCAAUUAUGGCAUAUCUUUGAAAGUCGCAAAUAAAUAACUAGAGGUUAGAUAUGGAUAAGAAGCAAAAUAUAUUUUCAAAAAGAGGAUAAUAAACUGAACUAGUAAUCUUGAACAGGUUCAAUCUAAACCGUGUUUGCAUUAUUUGAAUUGUGCCAUAAUUGCCAGUAUAUAAAGAUGACAAGUAUUUAUCACAUGCUAUUUGUUUAUCAAAAUAUGUAAUUGAUCGUUUUAGAACAAAUAUUUUCAAUGCAGAUAUUUGCGUAAUAUAGGACUUUUUAAAGUAUUUCUGCUAUGAAUAGUACAGGAACAAAAUAUUGAUUGUUAUAACAUAGUAGUACACAUGAUUAUGAUCUUUACCUUCCUAGCAAGGAAUUAGUGGCCUCGUUCUGAAAUAAAGAUAUGUUUUUGUAUUUUGAAGUAACAUUUUAUAUAAUGAUUUUCUAAUAAAGUGUCAAAUGAUA